AUGGCGCGCCACCUCCUCCUCCUGCUGGCCGCCUCCGCGGUGGCCCUGCUCGCGCCGGCGCCCCCGGUCGCCCGCGGCCCGUCGCCGCUGUCCAUGGGGAAGACGGUGGGCGCGUCGAGCCGCGCCUUCACGAAGACGGGCCCGCGCAAGCCCCAGUCGCCGCGGCCGGAGCAGUACCCCGACGAGUCGAAGCUCGCCAAGGUGCUGACGACGCAGCGCAACGAGAAGUACGACCCCGAGUACGCGGACGACAUCACGACGGCGAAGCGGCGCCUCUUCGAGCUCCGCAUGCGCAAGUCGCAGCGCCUGCCCUUCAAAUCCUCCGAGUUCCGCGAGCUCCGCAAGUUCGUCGCGCGCCUCAAGACGCAGCAGCGCCAGGACGAGCUCCGCGCCCAGGGCGUCGACCUGAAAAAGAAGCAGCCGCGGACGCGGCGCGAGAGGCAACGAGCGCGCGAGAAGCGCGAGCGCCAGGACACGGCCCGCGCGGAGAACCGCGCGCGCCUCAUGGCGCGGAGCGAGGAGCAGGAGGCGGCCAAGAAGGCCGCGGCGCAGCUCGAGCUCUGA